CCCUUGCCAUGGAGCUGCACGAGCACAAGGAUAUCGCAUACAUCGAGUUCACCGCCACCUCGGCGCACCAAUUCGAUCUAUACGUGCCCGGAUCCGGAGCUGCGCGCAGCGAACCUGGGCCGUUGCUCUGCUUUGUUCAUGGCGGCGCCUGGCGUGCCGAGGACAAAUCCCAUCAUGCGGAUCUCGCUCGAGCCCUCGCAAAACGCACGGGCUGCGCCGUCGCGGUGCCCAACUACCGUCUCACACCGAACGAGCCUACCCCGGACACCGCUCUGCUGCACCCUGCGCACGCCGAGGACACCCUCGCCUUCCUGAAUUUCGUCCACACUUGGGCAGGCCCCAACCCUGACGAGACAAAGGCGUACGACCCGUCCCGGCUCGUCCUCAUCGGACACUCGUGCUCGGCACACAUGCUGUCCUGCAUCGUGCGCGAUUCGUCCGGCGUCACGCCGACCCUCACACCCUCGCGCGCGCUGCUCACCUCCAUCCACGCCGUAGUCGUAUCGGAGGGGAUCUACGACCUCGAUUUACUCCUCGCGAGCUUCCCCGACUACCGCGGCUGGUUCGUUGAGGCUGCGUUUGGCCCGCCUCCGUACGAGAGGUUCGAUGUGACCAAGUACGCCGAGAGGGAGGGAGAGAGGGAGGGCGGCAUCGUGUGGUUCGUGUUGCAUUCGACGGGGGAUACGCUCGUGGAUCUCGUCCAGAGCAAGGCGAUCGUUGCCGGGCUCGGAGCUUCCGUUACCGAUAUCCUGGAGGGCCAGGAGGGUCGGAUCAAGUGGGACUUCGGUUCGCUGAAGGAAGAGCACAACGAUCUCCUCCGCGGGAAUACGUACGUUCAGCUUGUUGGGUCCUUCGUAGAUUCCCUAUGAACUUCGUCCAUGCGAUGUCAAAGCUUACGGGUGUUUGCUUUAUAUCUAAGAAUGCC